AUGCCUGUUAAAGAGCGUGGUGUUCCCAACACGAGGAAACGGAGCCCUCGUGUGAAUGGUGUCGUUGCUUCUUCUGCUACCUCUACUGCCCUCUCUUCUGCCCUCUCUUCUGCCCUCUCUUCUGCCCUCUCUUCUGUCCUCUCUUCUGCCCUCUCUUCUGCCCUCUCUUCUGCCCUCUCUUCUGCCCUCUCUUCUGCCCUCUCUUCUGCCCUCUCUUCUGCCCUCUCUUCUGUCCUCUCUUCUGCCCUCUCUUCUGCCCUCUCUUCUGCCCUCUCUUCUGCCCUCUCUUCUGCCCUCUCUUCUGCCCUCUCUUCUGCCCUCUCUUCUGCCCUCUCUUCUGUCCUCUCUUCUGCCCUCUCUUCUGCCCUCUCUUCUGCCCUCUCUUCUGCCCUCUCUUCUGCCCUCUCUUCUGCCCUCUCUUCUGCCCUCUCUUCUGCCCUCUCUUCUGCCCUCUCUUCUGCCCUCUCUUCUGCCCUCUCUUCUGCCCUCUCUACUGCCCUCUCUACUGCCCUCUCUUCUGCCCUCUCUUCUGCCCUCUUUUCUGCCCUCUCUUCUGCUCUUUGUAUUGCUCUCUGUGUUGCUCUCUGUGCUGCUCUCCGGUGCUGCUCCCUCUGCCUCUCUCUCGUGAUCUCUUUGCUUCUCUCUCACUCCCAAAAUUUCUGCUUCUCCUGCCCUGAUUGGAUGCCUCCGCUCUCUCCCUGCCGCGUGCAGGGCCUGCCCAUCGAAGCCGUAGAGCCAGACUUGAAUUUCCGCCACGGGUUCACGCUGGGGUAUGUGGAUUAUGAGGAGGACAAGAUGCACCUGCUGCCGUACCUCCGCGCUGCUCUUGACCACCGCAUGCACCGCAGUCCUCGGCGAGUGCUGAUAGACUUUGGGGCGAACGCCUUCAGCACGAGUGUGACGUGGUUCCUGCGCAUGUACCCUCUCGAGUUCACCGAGAUUCACGCCUUUGAGGUUCAGCAAGGCAUGUUUGUCGUGCCCCAGCCCAACGACCAGCCCCUCAAUACGAGUGCCAUGACCUCAGGUUCGCGCCUAAGGCCCAAGGGGCAGGGGGCGGGCCCUAUCCCUGGGUGGAUGCUGAAGCGCAUUCGCUCAUACAACAUCAUGGUUGGGAUGGUUGACAACCCUGAGAAGAAUACCAUCAAUGCCACGCGGUGGAUGCUGGAGGAGCUGCGACUCACCCCGCAAGACACCGUGGUGGUCAAGAUGGAUAUAGAAGGCGCCGAGUGGCCGCUACUAGAUUAUUGGUUGGGUGUACCGGGCAUGGAACAAAUUGUAGAUGAGUUGUUUGUGGAGGUACACUACCACCAUGAGACCAUGCUAGACUUCCAUUGGUACACGACUCGCUUCAAUGCUACUCGAGAUGAAGCGGCGCAAUUGUUUAAUCGUCUGCGGUCCAAAGGAAUCUAUGCGCACGCAUGGCCGUAG